GCGCGUGGCCGCGGCGGGUGGCGGGGGAGCCGGUGGGAGCGGGGAGCUGGUCGCUCUCCUCGAGAAGCCGGAGGCAAGGGAAGGCGCCCCAGGCGAGGUCCACUACCGGCAGGUCUUAGCAGCAGCGCUCGCUGUCGUGGUCUUAGAGCGUCUGGCCGGUGCGAGCGGGCGUACGAGACUUCGCCCUCCCUUGACAGCGCUGGGGCCGGUGCGGACCGCUCCCCAUCGCAUCCCACACCUCAGCCUAUCAUCCCAUACCCUGCCCCAGGCAGGGCCCCUGGGGUAGAAGCCUUCCCUCACGACGAAAGAGACGCCCUAACAACAAAGGCGACAAAAAGUCGAAGAAUAUUUAUCAAGAAAGAAAACUUUCUCUGGUGUGCCCAUUCAAGAAAACCAGACAUCGAUCAGUAGCAGAACUCUGAGAGCAACUAGCAGUAAACUGCAAGACAACUUACAGCUCUCAACAUCUCCAAAGCCAGAAAUGGAAAAUAAAGAGAAUGAUGAUAAACUGUCAUGGGACCAAUCAAGUGUAAGCUCAGAAAAAAAUGUUACUUUAAACUCUUCCACAAUCCCACUGACAAGUUACCUAUCAGGGACAAACUGGAAUCUUGAAGAUCAAGCUUCUAAGGCCAAAGCUACUGAAAUAAAAUCUCAGCAUGCAUCACUUAGUAAGGCCUUCUUGGAAAUAAAAAAAAUAAGAGAGAAGCAAUUGAUUGCGGAAAAACAAAAUGCAAGUAUCAGCCUACCAAAGAAACCAGCGCUCGGCAAAUACCGUGGCAAAGUUAUCCCAUCCAAGAUAAAUUCCUUCCGAAAACCAGUAAAAACUGAGGGGGAAAAAAGUUCUUUGCCAGAGAAGAAGCUUCUUCCUUCUGCCACCAAACAAGCAGGAAGUUCUAUGUCUACGAAAAGCUGUAGUGCAGUUCUGAAGAAUAUCAAAGUCACAAACAACCCUAAGUCUGUAAAAUCGAAUAGUGCCCUGCCAUUUCACAGCAAGCCACCUGAAAAAGCUGCUAUUAACUCACAGUCUGGUCUGAAGAAACAGCAACCGACAUUUGCUGCAGCACCAAAGAAAGUAACAGUCCAAAAACUGGUUGGUGCAAGGGGACCACAGCCACCAAAGGCUGCUUAUAGCAAUCCUGACCACAGAGUGCGAGGUGUGAAGAAAUGUGCAGAUUUUUGUGAAGGUGCAAGACCAGAAGCUCCAGCAAAACCAGUUCCUGUUGUUCCUGGUACAAAACCAGGGCAGAAUUCUAAAACUAAUGGCCACAGAAACUCUACUCUGCCAAAAGAGUCAGCAGAAGAGAGAAGAGCUCGUCUGGAAGAUUGGAGGGCAUCUAGAGGAAAAGUGAUGAGACGACCUCCUGCACACAUGCUUCUUGGAUCCCAGUCUACAAGUGAAGAACAAGAAUGCUCUUCUGCUGAUGCUUUAAAGCACAUAUUACACAGUGAAAAGGUCAACAAGAUUCUCAGCGAAUGCCUGCAGUUAACAGAACAGGGAUGUCGAGGUGAUGAAAUACGUGCAAUGUUGGAAGACCUCACACAGAGCAUUCCUGGGGUUAAAAAGCUUGCGAAAUAUUGGAACUGCUGUAUUCGUCUUGAACAGAGGGGCCCUCUUGAAAAGCUUAUUGCUGUCUAUGAGGAGGCCAUUUUGGCAGGAGCGAUGCCUAAAGAAGAACUACGACACACACUAAUAGAUACUAUGAAAAAUAAUGAAAGCCUUUUUAAGUCUGAGAAUGGGGAAACUGUGAUAGAAGCUCAUUUAAGUGAGUUAAUGGAAGUCAGCAAGGAACCAAAUUCAUCUGUAGAGCCAGUUCAGGAAACCCUCAAGGAUUUCUGUUCUGAUGAUGUCCAAAAAGCAGAGAGUGAUAACAAGAAGACAGAGGCAAGCAGCGAAGCUAUCCAGAAAGAAGAAACUGAUUUAGACUUAAAACCAAGGGAAGAGAUCUUACCAAAAAAGAACAAAAAGCACAAGGCUAAAGAACGUACAAAAAAGAAAGGAAAAUGUGAAACAGAACAGCAUGAGGAUGGGACAAAAGAUAUAGCUCAAGCAGUUAAUUCUCCUGAGAAGGGGAAUGACAAAUCUUGUUCAAUGAAAUACAAUCCUCCUACCACACCAUACUUGGAAAGAGUGAAGAUGUCUCAUGAGGCAAAUUACUCCAGUGGUAAAGAUCUGAAAAUUGUAACCCCUUUGCGAUAUUCUCAACGCAUUCGAGACAAAAUGUGCAAGCUGCCUGAUACUGGCAAAGAUCAAGAUCCAUGUGUCCCUUCACUUGAACAGCUGGAAGAAUUGGAAUCAAAAGCCACUGUAUUUAUCCACAAACAGAGCAAUGCCUUCCAAGAAACAAAUGCUGAAAUAGAAGAGUAAAAACUAGUGUUACUGUUAUAUAGGGGUUAAAGAUUUGAUUUUAAGGAGAGUUGAAUGGGACUUGUUUUUAGCAGCUUUGAGAGAGGAUCUAAGACUCAUGUGAAUGGCUUAAGGUGAAAUUUGACAGCCUGAGUCACUAAAUAAACUUUUAAAGUUUCUGCCUUUUCAAAAUUGUAAUAAAUCUGCUCUGGUUUAGUACUAGAUUGAUGUCUGUGUUUAACUAUAUUUCAUUAAAUAUCAAACUAAGGACUAGGUGUAAAGCUUCAUGUUGUAGUAUAUUGCUAAUACCUACUCUUCUUGCAAUUGCAGAACUCUAAGGAAUUCUUAGGAACCUUUCAAUUUAAGAAAAUAAACAGUAAUGUAGGCAUUCUUAUAGGUCAAUGUCUACUACAUCAUCUAGUUUUGAAAACUGAAGCCACCUUGUAAGGUGUAGGCUAAAUUUAAACUUCUAUUGAGUUUUAGAGGCGUUUCAACAAAACAUUUUAAUCUCUUUAGUUACUGACAUUGUUGAUUAUCAAGUAAUCUUAAUAAGGUCUGAUACACUACUUAUGUGACUGUUUUAAUGUUGGUUUGCAUUAGUCUCUAAUACAGUAGACAUUAAACUUA